AAAAACUAUCGACAGCUUACGUGCUGCGUUUUCAAAAGUCUCUGCUGGCCUAGACCUAGCGCUAAGUUUUCCCAAAAGAUUUCAUAUGUUGUUUACAUCGUCCUUACAGCUACAGUUAUGGCUCGAAACAACGUCGUUGAAGUCUCUGCGGAGGUCGUGUAACGUUAUGAGGAAUCUCGAAGAGUGAUGAAUAAUUAUAUUUUCAUCAGGGUCGUUGGGAAAGGGAGCUAUGGGGAGGUGAACUUGGUGAAACAAAAAACCGACCGAAAACAGUAUGUAAUAAAGAAGCUGAAUUUAACCACCUCCUCUAAGCGGGAACGGCGAGCUGCUGAGCAGGAGGCACAGCUUCUGUCCCAGUUGCGACAUCCUAACAUUGUGACCUACAGGGAGUCUUGGGAAGGAGAUGACUGCCAGCUGUACAUUGUGAUGGGUUUCUGUGAAGGUGGCGACCUCUAUCACAGACUUAAACAACAAAAGGGGGAUCUGUUACCUGAGAAGCAGGUGGUGGAGUGGUUUGUCCAGAUUGCAAUGGCGCUUCAGUACCUGCAUGAGAGGAACAUUCUUCACCGGGACCUUAAAACACAGAAUAUCUUCCUGACAAAAACCAACAUCAUCAAAGUUGGGGACCUUGGCAUCGCGCGAGUAUUGGAGAACCAGAAUGAUAUGGCCAGCACACUUAUAGGGACACCUUAUUACAUGAGUCCAGAGCUCUUCUCUAAUAAACCCUAUAACCACAAGUCAGACGUAUGGGCCCUGGGUUGCUGUGUGUAUGAAAUGUCCACACUUAAGCACGCCUUCAAUGCCAAGGAUAUGAACUCACUGGUCUAUCGCAUUGUAGAAGGAAAGCUGCCACAGAUGCCCAGUAGGUACGACCCCCAGCUGGGAGAUCUGAUUAAGAGCAUGCUGUGUAAGAGACCUGAAGACAGACCAGAUGUCAAACUUAUCCUGCGGCAGCCUUACAUCAAACGGCAAAUUGCGAUGUUCCUUGAGGCUACCAAAGAAAAAACUGCCAAGUCAAGAAAGAAAGCUGUGGGUGGCAGUGGUGAUGCUAGAGCCAACAGUUCAUCAUCUGUGGCAUCACCUCAGCCAAAACCUGAGAAACUGCCUUCAAAUCUACGACCUGAACCUCUCCCCAGGGUGAAACGGAAAGAAGAGACAUCACAACAACAUAAAGUACGAAACUGUGCCACAGACUGCAGUCCAGUCCGAACACCUCUAUCACCCAAACCCUCUUCACCUGAUGCCCUCAAAAGCAGCAUCACAUCCCUGGCAACCAUCAGCAACAUCAAUAUUGAUAUCCAACUGCAGGAGGAUGCAGACCCAAUGAAGAGACAGGUGCAAGGGCCCCAGUCAGUUGGGUCAGACCACCGCAGAGGUAAUGAACAUGUGACUCACAGUGGGCACAAAGACAGCAAGGGAAGAGGGAAACCGGAUCCCUCUCCCCCUCCUUCCCCUGUUCAUCCCCCCCCGAAGUCCCUAUCAGGUGCUGGCAGUAGGGGACAAGAGAAGAGAAGGGCAUCCAAUGGGUUAACAGUCAUUCAUUCACAGGCCACGCCAAAACCUGGGGAUACGUUUUCUGUCUUAGGGGAGAAACAGAUGUCAGAUGUGGAUGAUAAAGAUGACACCAUGGAGUUACUGAAAGGUGCUGACAUGGAAAACCCAGAAGUAGAGGUGGAGAAAGAAAGGAGAUCUGCACACAAACCCGACUUAGAAAACAUUGGAAAGGUUUUGGGAGUGAAUAUGGACAAUAAAAAUGACACUGUGACCCUUCUGAAGGGAACUCCAACACAACAGCAUACCUCAGACAUACAAGAAAAUCUUGACUCUACUGAAAAGCUACUAGAACCGUUCCCUGCAAUACCGGCACCUGUUCAAGAUGAAUCUCCCUCGCAAGUCAGCAAGCUGUCCACUCCAUCCCCUUACUUUUCAUCAGUGCCUUCUGUCUCACAGCAGCACAGGGAGAGGGACACCAGACGGACACAUGGGGAUCAGAAUAAGUCUAAGGCAGGUGCUCCCAGACCUUUACCUCCACUUCCUGUUGAAAGUGUAGCUGUGGAGGGGAGGAAGAGAAGCAAGAGGAGCACAGAGAGCAAGAAAGCUAGUGUUGCUGCAACCUCCACAUCAGCUGCUUACUGUAAGGACGGAUUCUUAAAUGUGCCGCAGGAUCGUCCUCUGUCUGCCAGAGAGAGACGAAGACUGAGGCAGUCCCAAGAGACUGUUAGCCAAUCAGGUGUUAGUGCUGUAAGAAGGUCAUCUUAUGAUGUUACUUCCACCAAGCCUGAGCAUGACAGAGCCCCAGUUAGCAGAUCUGUUUCGGACUCUAUCACUGAGACUAACAAUAAGGAUAAAUUGGAGCGAAGGUCCGAUGAAGAUGAGUGCAGCUCAUCCACAAGUUCCACAGAGCGUUCAGAGGGAGACUGCAGAGAAAGGAAGACUGAAUCUAGCGAAAUGCAGGAUUUAGUCCAUAUGAUGACCCAGACUUUACGAAUGGAUUGUGGAGCUGGUGUGAACGAGGUGGACAAAGGCAGUUUUGGCUCUACUGCGUUGCCAGAAUUUAAACUGAACAGGAAGUACAGGGACACUCUGGUGCUUCAUGGGAAAGCUCGAGAGGAAGCAGAGAACUUGUCACUUGGCGAAAUACCAAUAGGCUCCACAUCUGGUCCUGCCAAGAUAAGGAGAGCCAUAGAACAGCUGAGAACAGAUGUGGUGAAAGGUCUGGGAGUCAAACUUCUCGACAGAGUCUUGGAAAUCAUGGAGGAGGACGACGACAACAAACGAGAACUGUGCCUCCGUGACCAGAUGGGAGAUGAGAAGUAUCAAAGUUAUGCUGUGAUGGUAAGGCAGCUAAAAUUCUUCGAGGAGAUUGCCUUCAAGGUGUAA